UCAUCCAGGAAAACAUGGCGGCGCCGUCCAAACCUACGACAGACCCAAACACAAACAUCCCAGAUUACGAAUACAUUGACGUGAACACCAAAAUAUUUCAUAUCGACUCUUUUAAAAAAGAGUGGCUGAACAGACUGAAGCCGAGUGACUACUCCUACCAGCACGAGGACGAGGACGCGUUUGAUGCUAACUUUGCUGAGGAGAUGGGGCUCAGUGCGGAGACCAUGGCUGACCUCAAGUCCGUCUGCAGUCCUGACUCACUCCGUUGCCAUCCUGAGGACCAGCAGGCUGAUCCAGAAGUUGUUCCUCCAGACCCAACGCUGAAAACACUCAUUCAAAGAAAAAAGAAACAAGAUUACAGAGCUACUCUGAAAGUCAACAAGAACAGACACGACCUCUACGCAGAUGAACUGGAGCGUUUAACUGUCGGUAGGAAACCAGAGGAGGUGUCCGACAUGAUCCCUGAAGGAGAAGUCAUUCUAACCAUCAAUGUCUACUACCCGGCUAUUUAUGAGAAAUUUAGCUACGUCAGACCUCACAUAACUCUCCUGAUGACGGGCUCCCACACCCUGGCAGAGCUCAGGGACGCCAUCUGCUGUGUCAGCGACUUGCAAGUGUGCGGAGAGUUCAGCCACACGCCGGACAUCGCGCCAGACUUCAUCAGCAAAGAUCAUUACAAAUCAGCUUUCUUUUACUUGGAAGGCGUUUUCUAUAAUGACAUGAGAUACCCGGAGUGUCAGGACAUCAGCAUGACUAUUAUUGAAUGGGCAAAGGCCCGAAACUUCCCACCCUACAGCCAGGCCAAGAUGGAGGACACACGAUUUGUGGAUCUGAAAGUGAAAGUCGGCUUCCCGUACCUCUACUGUCAUCAGGGAGACUGCGAACAUCUCAUCAUCAUCACAGACGUUAGACUGACCCAUAAGAAGGACUGCCUGGACAAGACGCUGUAUCCACUCCUCACUCACAAGCACAGGAUCACUACCCAGAAGUGUGCCGUCUGCCACGUCUUCAUUGGAAGAUGGUUUACCACCAACGACCAGUUUGCUCCGAGUGACCCGUGUCUCUUCUGUGACAAGUGCUUCCGGAUGCUGCACUAUGACGCUCAAGGCAACAAGCUGGGAGAUUUCCAGGCUUAUCCCUACGUAGACCGAGGUGCAUUUAACUAAUGCUGCUCUUUGGUGAGCUGCUCAGAUUAAUGCUGUAUAAUACAGUUAAAUGUUUUAUAUUUCAGGGAGAAAUGUUUUGAUAUAUUGGAAAUGUUUGUUUGGUUCAAA